CCGAUUCCUGAACAGAUUGUGUCAUGUUUCCAGCGCCGACUGUAGAUCAGUAUCGGUUUGAUGUACGUGCAACUCCAGCAUAUAUAGAUCGCUUGCCUCAGCACAAGCUCGAACACGUCAUAGUCUUGUAGAUCGCUUGCCUCACCUCGCGUGGAUCUGUUCCAAGCACUCCAUGGCGUCGCAGAAGCGCUUCUCGCUGCCGGUGGCGCUCGUGUUCCUCCUCGUGCUGCUAUUCGUCGCCGGCGCAGGCUUCAAGCUUCAUCACAAGGAUUGUAACCCGUCGGUGUCACGCGCGAGCGAACUGUCCGAGGAUUCCAGGUCCAUGCCCCGCAAACUGUUGCGCGUAGCCGUCCACCGAACGGAAGCACGAGAAUCCGACAAGCCGUCGUCGGGCGGCUCGGCUCUGCCGAGGGGCAUCGUGCAAGCCACGUCCGACCUCGAGAUGGUGUCCAUGGUCGGCGACCCUGAGCAGCAGGGCGGCAGCAGGCCGUCCAAGAGCCUCCUCGCGAUCCCGGUGGGUAUCAAGAACAAGGCGGCCGUCGACAAACUCGUCUCCAAGUUCCCCGCCGACCGGUUCACCGUGAUGCUGUUCCACUACGACGGGGCCGGCGAGGAGCAGUGGGGCGACCUCGAGUGGUCGCGCCGCGCGGUGCACGUCUCGGCGCUCGGCCAGACCAAGUGGUGGUUCGCCAAGAGGUUCCUGCACCCCGACGUCGUCGCGGCGUACGACUACGUCUUCCUCUGGGACGAGGACGUCGAGGUGGACGCCUUCGACCCGCUCAGGUACCUCGACAUCGUCAAGAGGGAAGGGCUCGAGAUAUCGCAGCCGGCGCUGGACCGCCGGUCGGAGAUCCACCACGGCAUCACGACGCGCGCGCUGCUGAGGCCCGGAGCCGAAGGAGGGGGCGACGUGCACAGGCGGUUCUACAAGCCGGCGGCCGGCUGGGGAGGUGGAGGGUGCGACGACAGCAGCACGGGGCCGCCGUGCGCCGGGUGGGUGGAGAUCAUGGUCCCGGUGUUCUCCCGCGCGGCGUGGCGCUGCAGCUGGGGCAUGGUGCAGAACGACCUGGUACACGCCUGGGGCCUCGACUACAAGCUCGGCCACUGCGCGCAGGGCGACAGGACGCUCAAGGUCGGCGUCGUCGACAGCGAGUACGUCCUCCACAGGGGAGUCCCCACCCUCGGCGGCACCGAGGGCAAGGCCGCCGCGUUCCGGGUCGCCGUGAGGCGGCGAUCGUUCGCCGAGAUGCAGAUAUUCAACAGGAGAUGGAAGGAGGCCGCGGCGGACGACGCCUCCUGGACAGACCCUUACCCGUAGCCGGUGACUAGUAGUUUUUGUUCUCUCUUUUUGCUGGGAAUCAGUAGUAGCUUUGAAGUGUACAUACAUGAUGCAUACACUGCCUUGUACAUCAUCACAAAUUGUUAGAACAAAGCACUUU